UAGAGGAGAGGACUGUUAACUCCAUCGUCUCAGGCAGAAUGAGCUCUUUCCCUGUUGGCUUGCGCUGCCUGGAAAGCAUCUCGCGCCCUCCGAGAGGCCAGCCUGCUGGAGAACUGCAGGAAUCUGCAACAAAAACGAUGACAGCCUGAAAUACACCCCGGUGCCAACCUCCACAUUUGUCUGUCACCUCAGACCCUGACUAGUUGACAGAGCAGCAGAAUUUCAACUCCAACAGACUCGAAUGUGUUUCUGGGCAGAGAAGCAGAGCUAAAGAGGGAAGAGAUUUUUUUAAAAGAGUAUUGAGUAUUUACCAAACUUUUAUUUCCUGGCUGUGGGCAAAGAGGGGAUCCAACUCCAAUUUUGUAUCAAGGCUCUGAGUCCAGUCACAUACCUGAAGAUAUUAGAGGUCCCCCUGCAGGAGAAAACCAUGCUUUCAGCUGCAGACUGAUGCUGUUAAUACUCUAACCAAGAAGUAUUGCGGAAAGAGUAUCUCUUUUUCACUGCCUUCAAUCUACAAAGAGGUUAAGCCUAGAAAACAUGAAGACUGUGCUUUUUUUCCUAUACAUUUUGGGAACUGCGGCUGCAAUCCCGACAAAUGCAAGGUUCCUGUCUGAUCAUUCCAAACCAACUGCUGAUUCUCUGAGUUCCAUCCAACAAGCUGAAAUAUUAGUAACACCUAACAACACUGCAAUCCCCGUGUUAGGGGUUGAAGAUGCAGAAAAUGAAAAGGAAAUUGCAGUAUCUAUAGACCAUCCCAACCAUGAGGCUGAAAAAUCUUCAGUACUAAAGUCAAAGGAGGAAAAUCAUGACCAGUCAGCAGAUCAGGGGCAGAGUUACAGCCAAGAGCUUGGAUUACAGGAUGAAGAAGAAAGUGAAAGUGACUUAAGUGAGAAUUUGGAGUAUAUGCCAUCUGAACGUACAUUGGACCUAAAAGAAGAUAUGGGUGAGCCUCAAAAGAAAAAACUCUCAGAGAACAUUGAUCUCCUUGCUCCUAAUAUUAGUUCCAUUGUAGAUCCUAACCAUCAAGAAAGCAUCACAAAAACAGAAAAAGAACAAGAACAACCAAUAAAUGAUUUACAUCCUCAGCUGAACAAGAGCAACAAGCAUAGCCAAGAUGUAAGUGAUCAAGGAAACCAAGAGCAGGACUCAAAUAUUCCCAAUGGAGAAGGGGAAGGGGAAGAAGACCCAGGUGAAGUUGGUACCCACAGCAAUAACCAAGAAAGGGAGAGAAUGUUUCCCAAGGAACAUUCUAACAUCGAGGAGGAAGACCGUACCCAAUCUGAUGAUGUUUUGGAAGAGUCCAGUCAACCAACUCAAGUAAGCAAGAUGCAGAAAGAUGAAUCUGAGCAGGGUAACCAAGAACAAGAAGAGGAUAGUUCCAAUGCAGAAAUGGAAGAUGAAACUGCAUCAAAAAUUAAUAAACACAAUCAAGAUGCUGAAUGGCAGAGCCAAGAAGAAAAACCUGAAGUUAUCAGCGACCAUGAGGAGAUAGAUAAAAAGACUGUUUCUGAGGCUCUGCUUGUGAAGCCUACUGAAGAUGGUAACAUCAUGCCUAGAAAUCUUGGAGCUAAUGAUGAUGGUGAUGAUGAGCCCAGACACGAUGCAAGUGAUGACUAUGAAUUCAUCCCAAGUGAGGCCUUCAUAGAGGCCGAAAGAUCUCAGUCCAUUUCCUAUCACCUCAAAUAUGAAGAAGAAAGAGAAAGAGAAAGAGAACGUGAGAAUGGAAAUGUGGAUGCCAGUGAACCUGGAGAAUACCAAGGGGCCAAGAAAGCAGAAAGCUCACUGAAUGAAGAUGAAAGUUCAUAUGAAAACAACAGAAUGGUGCACGAUAUUGAUUCUUGCAUGAACUUCCAGUGUAAAAGGGGACACAUCUGUAAGGCUGACCAAGAGGGAAAACCCCACUGUGUUUGCCAAGAUUUGGUGACUUGUCCUCCUACAAAACUCCUUGACCAAGUUUGUGGCACUGACAAUCAGACCUAUGCUAGCUCCUGUCAUCUGUUUGCUACUAAAUGUAAACUGGAAGGGACCAAAAAAGGGCACCAACUACAGCUGGAUUAUUUUGGAGCCUGCAAAUCUAUUCCUAUUUGUACAGACUUUGAAGUGACUCAGUUUCCCCUAAGGAUGAGAGACUGGCUCAAGAAUAUUCUCAUGCAACUUUAUGAGCAAAACUCUGAACAUGCUGGAUAUCUAAAUGAAAAGCAAAGAAAUAAAGUCAAGAAAAUUUACCUGGAUGAAAAGAGGCUCUUGGCUGGGGACCAUUCCAUUGACCUUCUCUUAAGGGACUUUAAGAAAAACUACCACAUGUAUGUAUAUCCUGUGCACUGGCAGUUUGGUGAACUUGACCAACAUCCUAUGGACAGAGUCUUGACUCAUUCUGAGCUUGCUCCUUUACGAGCUUCUCUGGUGCCCAUGGAACACUGCAUAACUCGCUUCUUUGAGGAGUGUGACCCCAACAAGGAUAAGCACAUCACCCUGGAGGAGUGGGGCCACUGCUUUGGAAUUAAAGAAGAAGACAUAGAUGAAAAUCUCCUGUUUUGAACUAAGAUUUGAAAGAAUUCAAACAUUCCAGCAUCCUCCUCCAUUUCUGACCACUCCUGAAAAUAUAUGCAGCCACAAUACUUGUAGAUUUAUAUUUAGCAAAAUGUUUGCAUGUUUGAGAAGACAAUGAGAGUAAUUGCUUGCUAACAGUGUAUGCACCAAGCAUUUAACAUUAAGCUUUGGAAAUAAAACUUUAAAAUUAAAUAAAGUCAACAUAUGCAAAAUACUGUGUGCUUUUUGUGAACAAGAGUUUUAACUCAUCCCUCUCUGCAUCCAUUUAUGAAAUACUAAUUAUAAAACUUGAAGAAAACACUACAUUCAUUUUGUUCAUAAUAUCAUGUACACUUCAAGAAAAUGGAAUAGUGUUCUCUUGUUUUUAAUGUGCAUUAUUUUCAGUAUCUUAAUGUCCUAAUAAAAAUCUAAAUCUAACUCAAGUUUAUUUCCAGUCAUUUAUUUAAACAACUGCAUGUGAAAAACCAACUCAGGACUCACACUUCAAAUAAAAUUAAAACUACACUUACUAGACCCUACUACUACUAAAAAAAAAAAAAAAAGAGCAUGGUUGGGGGAGAUGUUUCCUAUGGGAAACAAAUAUUCAGCUGUUAAAUGGUAGAUGCUUAUUAAUGCCCUUUGUUGCGAUGUAAAUUUAAAUAGAAAAAAAUUCAAGUGCUUCCUACUAAGUUAAAAUAAGGAUGAUUAUUAUGCACUGCUUAAUACAAUUAAUUCUAACUUUGGUGCAGCUCUCCAUGUAUGUUGGGGGAAAGGGAGGUCGUGCAAAAUUUCUACACAUUUCAUGUCCUCAAAAUAAAGAUAAUAUAAAGACAACACAGACAACAGAAAGUUCUGAAGUGUCUUAAUGUCCAGUGUAGUCAGAGGUAAAUAUUACUACUGUAAAUUGAUAGCAAGAAAUCAUUUCAAAAGAGAAAAUUUGUGUUUUAAUUUGAACUCUUUCUUCUUUCAUAACUAUUAAUACAGUAAAGGCUAGAUAGCAAAAUAAUAAAACAUCAUAAUAGAGCUUUUUCCAAGGUCUGAAGCAAUGAAAGAAACUGUCGCCUUCUGUACGCUACUUAACAAUUAUUUAAAUGAAAAUAAAACAGUUUUGUGUUACAUAUUUUCUUAUCUGAAAUGAAAGAUGUCAAUGCAAUUUUGUUUACUUUUUAAAAUAAUAAAAAAUGUGUUGUUGUGGUUGUUAA